AUGGUUUCUCCACUCAUUUCGUAAAAGAAAACCACUUACUAGUCAACCACCUCCCCAAUUUAGCACCAUACCACUCACAAUAUAUAUUGGAUAACACACAAACACAACCAUCACCACAUACCAUAUAUUAUACACAUUACAUUACAUAUAUAUAAAGUUGAGGAAAAAUAAAGGCUCUCAUAUCAAAGCACACACAGCUACCUAUUCACAAUGACCCUGAAGAUUCACUUCUCAAUCAUUUCCAUUGCAGUUUUUGCUCUAUGCACUUCUGCAGAAUAUUACUUUUCGGCUAACUUUAGUUAUGCUGGUCCAAAUGGUCCUGAGAAAUGGGGAAGCUUGAGUCCUUCUUUUGCAGCGUGCUCAAAUGGGAAAGCUCAGAGUCCUGUGGACCUUAUGAAGACUGAUAUUGUCUUGAACAAGCAGUUGAAGAAUCUAGAAAGACACUACCUUCCUACUAAUGCCACUUUGGUUAACAACAAAUUCAACAUUGGGGUGCAUUUUGAAGGAAAAGUUGGAGAUAUUAAUAUAAAUGGAAAAAAUUACUCAUUGAAACAACUGCACUGGCAUUCUCCAUCAGAGCACAGGGCAAAUGGUCGUAUCCAUGAUGCCGAGCUCCAUCUAGUACACCUGACCCAAGAUAAUAACAACAUAGCAGUUGUGGCUGUGCUCUACAAAUUGGGUGAUCCAGAUCCUCUCAUAUCCCAGAUUGAAGACAAAUUGAUUGAGUUAGAGAAGAAGAAUCGUGAAGGGGAUAAGGAUGCUCAAAUUGCUGUUGGCACCUUUGAUGUAGAAGAGAUUAAUAGAAGCAGCCAUAGGUAUUAUAGAUAUGUUGGCUCUCUCACCACUCCACCAUGCAAAGAGGGUGUCACUUGGAACAUCCUUGGCAAGUUGAGGACACUUUCAAAGGAACAACUAGAGCUCCUAAAGGCACCAUUAGGCACAGAGUUCAAGCACAAUGCAAGGCCUCUUCAGCAAUUGAAUGGACGUAAAAUUGAGAUGUAUUACCACCCCAAUCACUUGCAUGGGACACAAGCAACACCAUUUGAGUAUCAUGAAUAAAUUGCUUAAUGAAAUCUAAUGGUUUUGCACUAAAGGAUACUCUAAUGUUGUACUUUGAUCAUCUAGUAGUGUUGUUUGGACAAUAUUCUCUCUAGUGCCUAUUUGACUUGGUUCA